GUUAUCAUGAAAUCUUACUUUUCUUCCUGGUUUUACGAAACCGAAAGAGGUUUGUUUUUGCACUUGAAGUGCGCAUAUGUAUGUGAUUUAUUUUACACAAUUAAGCAAGUACAUGGAAUAUUACUUUCGGUUUGAUUAAUCUAACCACGUGUGAGAGUCCUGAGAAAUCUGUGAAAUGGUUAUCUAAUUUAGCAACAAUGUCUAGACGCCCACAUAGUGACACGAAGAAACGAAACCAGCAUACAUCAAGAAAUAUGGGGAAUUUCUUCUCUGCCGAAGAACAGGCUACUGUGAAAUCGUCCCAACGGUUAGCUUCUGCUCAAUCCAAUGUUUCCAGGGAUUCUUCUAUAGAAAUAGGACCUAUCUGGAUUGAAACUAUAAACUCGCUCGUUGACGACCAUAUGAAGGUCGCGGAACACAUUUCAAGACUAGAAGAAGAAUUAUUAGAGCUGAAGAAGACGUAUAUGACGAAACAUGACGAAAUAAUUACGACGGCGGAACGCAUUAAACGUGUUAUUCAAGAGCAAAAUUUCACUGGUUCAGGGGAGAAAUCAGCGACGAACAAGCCAGACAAUGGAGCGCAAAGUGAACACGAAGAAGAUCCUUCUACGACGGUCGAAAUGUCCACAAAGAUAGACGAACUCAAGCGUAAUCACCAGCAAUUUGAAGUUCUUAUUAAAGAUCAGGAACAUAUAUUGUCGCGUAUAGAGACCGAAGUGGACAAACAUGGCGAUAAAAUCAAAGAGCAUGAGGAAUCCAUUAAUCUUCUAAAAGAACAACACAAGCAACGAAAAGGAAACAUAAGGACACAGAGAAUAUACAUAAAAUCGCUACAAAAAGACUUAAAUACAUAUGGGAAAAGAAUAACAAAAAUAGAUACAGAAAACAAAAAAUCAAAUAAAAAAUCCCUGAAACACACCAAAAACUGUAAACCAUCUCCUCCAAUCGACAUACAGACGGAACAGAAUACCGAAAUGGCAAGAAACACCCAAGAAUCAGUGAAGACAAAAGAUAUUAUUCCUAGCAUAAAGGUCCAACCAAAACCAGUUCAAAAGAAGACAUGGAAGUAUGCAUUUGUACUCAAUAAGGAAUUAACACAAGCAUUUCAAUCAAUAAAGAGCGAGAAACUCGGCUUUUUCAAUUCAACAGCAGAUCAUAAUUAUUUCGACGAAUUCAUAGACAUUCUUAAAGAAGAUGUAAUUGGAGUCAGUAUGCAUGAAUACUCCCCUACCAGAGGAAUUUCAGCCUUUGACAGAAUUCUGGUGUUUGGAACGUGUACACUUAGAGUAGAGAGUGACUCAAAUAUGGCUUUGGACAAGAUUCCUAAAGAACACCGAUCAAAGGUGUUUCUCGUGAUGUUUCACAAGACGGCGGGCAGCAAGACGCCACAGGAAGUUUACAUGUAUACAUUUAAACAUGCGGAAGUGGCCAGAGAACUUCAUGUGCCCUUUAAAUUAAACUCUUGACAUUGAGUGACGAGAAAUUGUGUUGUAGCAAAGUUACAUGCACAGUCUUGCAAACGGUGUAUAUGACAUUUAAUUGUUGAUCCCUUUGUUCUCUGUUUACCGUUUUUGUUGAAAGCAUGCAUCCUCCAUGCGCUUCACUCUAGGUACAAUUCUAUAGAGUGCAUUACACGAGUGUUUGGCGUGAGUUCAUUGUAAUGGUAAUCAAUAUUUAUCAAACAUUCGAUCUGAGGUUCAAUAUGUCGAAAAAAAUUUAAGAAAUUCGCUACCCAUCCCAUUCGAAAUAAAUUUUCUAAUAAACCACAAGCACUGGC